AUGGGAGACACUCAAACCAUUCUAGUAGCAGAAACGGGAGGCGGGACGAAAGCUUAUGGGGCUCUUGAAGAGGAGAAAGCUCCAUUCGCCCUCGUAUUUGCUGUGUCAACGUCUUAUAUCCUCUUUUCAGGUCAAUCACAUAGCCCUUUACAGCAAGUUGACCUCUCCGCCCUCAAUAGCUACUCUCUACUCUUCGAUGCCAGGUCCAACAGGUCUUUUCAGCAGAAGCGCCAUUUAUCCAAUUCCCUUCCAAGUUUCCUUGAAGACCCAUUGAGCCAAGAGCCCCUCCCCAGCUACUGUUCAGCACAAGCGUCGACUACCAUCUCCGCUUCCAAAAGCCAUUGA